CCACACACUAGCUGGUUUCAUCCAAAAUCUAACCAUAUCCAUUCUUCCCACCACUUAAACAAAAAAGUAAAAAAAUUCUGUGUUAUUCUAAACAAGACUUCAGUAUAUACAUAUAUUAGUUACUGUUUAGUUACACCAUCUCUUGUUUGGCCAAUCUUUACUCAAUUCUGCACCCUGCAAUGCCAGGAACCAUUCUGGUUUCAGUUCUUGAAUUCAUGGAUCUUCCGUUUUCUUCGUCAACGCCUAUUAGAGCUUCUAUGGGGAAAAUUGAGUACCAAAUCAGUGACAAAGGAAGCUUUUCCUUUCCCAUAGCUAGUCUCCGUGACGAUUUGAUUUUCAAAAUUCAUGACUCCGAAGGGAAUGAACUAUCGCGUGCAGUAAAUAACUGGCAGGAGUAUAUAUCAGAAUGAUAUUAGAGAAAGGUGUUUGGGAAGACACGUUUCCGCUCGGGGAAGGUUACUUGCAUUUGAGACUACAGGUUGUACUAAGUGAUGAAGAGCGCGACAGAAUUCGUAUGAUGAGACAAUCUGCAUUAAAGAAAAAACAGGAGGGGCUUCUUAAUAGCAGUAAAAGAGGUGCAGAAAGUGAAAGAAAUAUGACUAUUCGCAAUGCGGGGUUACCUUUCCGCGCUAGUGAUGAGGUCUCAGUUAUGAAUUUGGUCCUACAUGCAUUCCCUCAAAGGCUUUUUCCUGAUGUUUUAAGUGCUCCAUCUUCUCAAGAAUCAUCACCAAAGCAAUACCUUCAACAUGAAGAAGCUUCUCAAUUACGAAGUCCCGUUGAUUUCUCCAAUGACAGAGAAAGUUCCAUUACAAAUGUUGCUGAGGCUGAGGCUAAGGCUGAGCUUGAACAGAAACAGCUAAACUCAAACAUUGCAGAUCAAUAUAAGAAGACCGCAUCAAUAAAACCUGUAUCAGAAGAAGUUAAUCUCAUUCAAUUAGAGGAUGGAGGUAAGAAGCCUGCCAAUCAGCCGCCAUCUGAGAAUCAUCCUCAGAAAGCUACUGAUUCAGAAGAAAUGGUCUUUUUGUUAAGCUCUGAAAAAGUUAAUUCCUCAACAAAUACUCCAAUACAAGAUAAUCAAGAGGAUGUUAGUCUUCCAAACUCGGAGAAGAAGGCUCGACUAGGAAGAACUCCUAGCAAUGUUAAGAAAAUGAUAAGUGCUUUUGAAAGUGGUUUACCUAAGGAUAUGAGGCCUCAUAUUAAACCACCUCCAACAAAAUAUCAAGCGAGUCCAAUUGAAAAGAGAGAUUCUUCGGGGACUCGGCAUUUGGAGCAAGAUAAGUCGUUGAACAUGGAGCAAGAAAAGUCGAAAAGUGCUUCUUUGGUAAAAGACUUACAAGAAGUUCCAGAAAAUAUUGAAGAAAGUAAAGAGCAAAUUCAUAUACCGAAAAGACAAAUGAAUUCAAAUGCAAGAAAUAAAGAUCAAGAGGAAGAGACAAAUGAAAAUGCAGCAUGUAGUAGAGAUCAAGAGGAAGGGAAAGAUUACAGAAAUUCGACGAGAACAUCGACAUAUGACUCUGGAGUUUCUUAUGAAUCAUGUAUUGAGAAGGACUUAGAUAAAAACCAUCACCCUUUUGAAAAUUCUGAGGCCAGGAUAUUCGCAAAAAUAGAAAAUUUGAAAAAGAAUGCAGCAUAUAUUGAAACUGAAACUGAUGGAAGCAAGUAUGAAAAAAUACAGAAAAUAGAAGAAUCAAAAACCAAUAUUUCUGAUGAUGAUAAUGCAGAUGAAAAUUCUGGAGGACCAUUUAAUCAGGUAAUAAAAGUUGCAAUCAUUAUAGGCUUUGGAUUUCUUGUUCUCCUUACCAGACAAAGAAAUAAGAGAAGGAAGGAGAAGAGUGCCUGAGAAUCUCAGUUCAAGAAACCUCAAAUUCUUCAUCUUUUGAAGCACAUACAUCUGCAGAAUGCUGUUAACAACUUCCAAGUUUCAGAUGCUGCAUCAAGUAUUGCAUGAGUUGAAACCAUGAGAUUGCUGAGAUAAUUGAAUCCUUCAAAAAGAAGAAACACAAACACAAAUGUUCAGCUAUGUUGAAGGGGCUUUAGGACUUAAGAGGCUUGACAACAGUUAGUUGAUGUUUAAGGUUGAACUUUGUAACACUGUUCUUUAUUGCAUCAGCAAUAUCACUAGGCCUUUAUUUCAUCAUAGAUUUUGAGUUUCAAUCACAAUAAUAAUUUCAUUUUAUUGUUUUGUUUGUUACCUUUAGUGUACACCAAAAUUUAACGCCAUUAUUCAUCGCAUCGUAGUUAUACCUGAA